AUGUGCAAACUAGCGCUGUUUGUCCUAGCACUGGCAGGUGUAGCCUUAGCCUACGAACAUCACGGAUUCGUCAGCGAAGUCAAGCACAUCCCGUACAAGUACUUCGGUGGCCAGGAGAGUGGCAUCGGUGGUGGAAUCGGAGGUGGUGAGGGUGGCUACGAGGGUAAGGACUUCUAUGCCUACCCGAAGUACAAGUUCGAGUACGGAGUUAAGGACUACCACACCGGUGAUCACAAGAGCCAGUGGGAAGUUCGGGAUGGAGAUGUCGUGAAGGGCGAGUACACUCUGGAUGAGCCGGACGGUUCGACCCGCAUCGUGAAGUACCACGCCGAUAGCAAGAACGGAUUCGAGGCUGUCGUCAAGAACAUCGGCAAGGGAGGUCUGCAGCAGGAGGGUGGCUCAAUCGGUGGUGGACAGGAAGGAAUCGGUGGAGGAUAUGGUCAUGGCUACAGCUACAGCAAGCUGAAGAAGUUCAACUAA